CUGCAAUCCGCGAUAUAGAUCUUGCUCGAUUGUGCCAUGAAUUGAUUUACUUCGCAGCCUGACGCGUCCCAAAGGAACCCCGUACUUUGUGGAUGGAGUCAUGCAUGAGGAGCUACAGGUCCCAGCACCGUCAGACACCGUCGCGCUUGGGCUAAGGCCUCGCCCAUGUACGUCCUCGAGGCGAGCUGACAGCUUUUCAAACUCCCUUUGAGAGAACUACUCGAGAUCCGCCUCGUUGCUUUUGUCGCGACGACCGCUUUGCCGCUUUGCAGGAAAGAUAUGUGGCCCAGUGGUGAUGCGAUUCAGUGUCCUGCAGGUAUAUAUAUUCUGUCUCCUGUCCUCAUCAUGACCCCAUCUCUCUGCGACCUGUCUAUCGUACUGUCCUUCCCGUUAAUACAAGAUUGUUUGCCCCAUGUCGCGGAAGCCAUCCUUCGUGAACCCCUUCGUGCGAGUCGCACGGAAGUCUGCAGCUUCUGCGUGGCCAACACCGGAGCGUCCACUAGACCUCGAUUCGCCGCCUCGAGACCAGAUCCACUCACCGCUGUACACUCCUGACCACCGUGGUCGAA